AUGUCCCGUUUCUUUGCGUCAGGUUAUUCAGACUCGGAUCUAUCGUCAUCGGACGAAGAGCUCUUGUCAACUUCCGAAGAGGAGCUCAUCAAUUCCAGUGCUGAUGAGCAAGAGGCAGAGCAAGACAAUGACGAAAGUAGUGAUUCAGUGUUCGCCACUGAAGAAGAGUCUGACGACUCCAGUGACGACGAUUAUGGAGCUAGAGCUCGCGGGCCCUCCUACUUCUUGAAGAGCUCUUUUGCUAAGAACAAUUACAGCGAUGAGGACAGUGAAAGCGAAGGAGAGGGUAAGAAAGUGGUGAAAAGUUCAAAGGAUAAACUUUUAGAUGAAAUGAGAAGUCUCGUAGACAAGAUCGAAAUCAGAAGAGAUGUCAAGGAAUGGAUCGGGUUGUUAGCUGAGUUUGACAAGUUGAAUAAGCUUUUAACCAAGGCUCGUCAACAGAACUUAGGUAUCCCAAGACUGUAUAUCAGCAUGAUCGCAGAGUUGGACAGCACUAUUUCUGAAAUUGGUAAUGAGGAGAUCAAAGCCUUGAAGGCUGAUAGUUCCAGAGCUUUCAACACAACUAAGCAAAGAACGAGAAGGUUUGUUAAAGAACACGCCGCUGCAAUCGAGCAGUACAGAGCCAACCCCGAGACAUUUGAGAAAGAGUUGGACGAGCAAUCAGAAGAGAAUACUCCCAAGCCUUCCAAGGCUCUUAUCGACGAGCUUAUCACUUCCCUGAGAACCAUUCAAGAAACUCGUGGUAAGAAGAACGUAGAUAGAGACGAGCAAAUAGCCACUUUGGAAGAGUUAGUUCAAGAUGCAAAGGGAAACGAUUUCCAUUCCAUUUUGGUGUAUUUGAUGUUAAUUCCACUGAGAUUUGAAAGUUCCUCUCUUGUCCAAUCUAUGCCAAUCGACCAAUGGACAAAGGCCAAGAAUGAAAUUAUCGCCCUUCUGAAAAUUUUGGAGAAGGUCCGUAAUGAGUACGUUGUCACAGAGCUGGCUACCGCAACAGACGAAUUGGGUCAAGAGCCAGAAGCUGAUAAGAAUGGUGUCAAACACAUUUUGGGAUCUGUGACAGCUUUGGUUGAGAGAUUGGAUGAUGAGCUGACCAAGUCUUUGCAAUCGACAGAUCCUCAUGCUACCGAAUAUGUUGACAGAUUAAAGGACCAGUCAACUGUUUAUCAACUACUCCUAGCCAACCAAUUGUACUUGGAAUCCAUAAUCGAGCCUGCUGCCUACUCACAGAAGGAGGGUGAACAGCUAGCUAGGGUCGUGUUAAAGAGAUUAGAGAAUCUUUAUUACAAGCCUACCAAGCUGAUUAUCAUCAGUGAGAAGGUCGGAUGGUCUAAGCUGACGAACAAGCAAUCGUUGAUCUACCCUAAGUUCGAAGAGUCAGACGAUGAGCUGGAGUACUGCAAUGGACUUAUAAACCAUCUUUCAUCUUUGCUAUACAAACAAACAAACUCCAUUUUCAGGAAAAAAGCCAUGUUAUGUCAAAUCUACUACUAUUCGUUCAAUGACCAGUAUUACAAGGCACGAGACAUGUUCUUAAUGUCCCAUUUACAAUCUACCAUUCACACUUCUGAUAUUCCAUUGCAAGUACUUUUCAAUAGAGCUUUAGUUCAAUUGGGAUUGUGUGCUUUCAGAGCAGGCUUGCUAACUGAAAGUCAGCAGAUUUUGCAAGAGAUUUGCACUUCUCAAAAACAGAAGGAGCUACUUGGUCAGGGAUCCAACCAAAGACAACAGCCUGCCUCUCAAAUUGACAAACAGAGAUUGGUUCCUUUCCACAUGCACAUUAAUUUGGAGCUUUUAGAUUGUGUGUACCUUACAGCGUCUCUUUUGUUGGAGAUUCCUCAAAUUAUCCAGCAGAGUUCUGGCAGAAAAGUUUCAAACAAACUACAAGCUACGAAAUCUUUCAGACGUACGCUAGAUUACUACAACAGACAAGUUUUCAUUGGACCUCCUGAGUCGACGAAGGAUUACAUCAUGAGGGCAGCCUCUUCCUUGCAGGCUGGAAAAUGGGAACAGGCAAUCAACUUCAUUUCAUCUAUUAACAUCUGGAGUCUGUUCAACAAUGCUACUGGCAUCAAGGAGAUGUUGUAUGAGAAGUUUCAGACUGAGGGACUGAGAAGCUACAUCUUUGCCAACAUAUUCUUCUAUGAGAAGUUGUCUGUCAAGCAACUUGCAAGUUUGUUCAAACUCCCCGAAGCCAAAGUUCUUGCUGUUGUAUCCAAGAUGAUCUACAACGACGAGAUCAGUGCAUCUUUAGACCAGUUCAACCAGUCGAUUGAUCUUUCCAAGGAUUACGAGUUUUCCAAGCUCCACGAACUUGCCCUUUCCUUAGCCGACAGAUGCCAACAGCUGGCUGAGCGAAACGAAAGACUUGCAUCUGGUGGACAUCAAAGCCAGUCUUCCAAUGUCAAAGACCAAAAGAAGAUCUAUAGUAAAUAA